AUGGCAUUGUUCAAUGUCACUCAUCCUGCUUCCUUCCUCCUGACUGGUAUCCCUGGUCUGGUGAGCUCUCACUCUUGGCUAGCAGGGCCCCUCUGUGUAAUGUAUGCUGUGGCCUUUGGGGGCAAUGCAGUGAUUUUGCAGGCUGUGCGAAUGGAGCCCAGCCUCCACCAGCCCAUGUACUACCUCCUGUCUUUGCUGUCCUUCAGUGAUGUGGCCAUGUCCAUGGCUACACUGCCUACUGUACUCAGAACCUUCUGCCUCAAUGCCCGCAACAUUGCUUUUGAUGCCUGCCUAAUUCAGAUGUUUCUCAUUCAUUCCUUCUCCAUGAUGGAAUCAGGUAUUCUCCUGUCCAUGAGCUUAGACCGCUAUGUGGCCAUUUGCAAUCCCUUGCACUAUGCCACUGUGCUCACCGAUGGAGUCAUUGCUGGAAUGGGUAUAGCUGUGACUGCUCGGAGCUUCAUUACCCUCUUUCCUCUUCCAUUCCUUAUCAUGAGGCUGCCUAUCUGCAGAUCCAAUAUUCUUUCCCACUCCUACUGCCUACAUCCAGACAUGAUGAAACUGGCCUGUGCUGAUAUCACUAUCAACAGCAUCUAUGGACUCUUUGUUCUUAUAUCCACCUUUGGCAUGGAUCUGUUUUUUAUCUUCCUCUCCUAUGUGCUCAUUCUGCGUUCAGUCAUGGCCAUUGCUUCCCAUGAGGAACGCCUCAAAGCUCUCAACACAUGUGUGUCACAUAUCCUGGCUGUACUUGCAUUUUACGUGCCAAUGAUUGGGGUCUCCAUAGUGCACCGCUUUGGGAAGCAUGUCCCACGUUACAUACAUGUCCUCAUGUCCAACAUCUACCUUUUUGUGCCCCCUGUGCUCAACCCUCUCAUUUAUAGCGCCAAGACAAAGGAGAUCCGCCAAGCCAUUGUCCGCAUGUUUCGCCACAUCAAAAUGUGA